AUGAGCGAACCAGCGAAGACGCCGGCUGAGGUCGCCGCGCCUCCUGUACCCGUGGGCGGAGGGCAGCCGCUGAAGAAGAAGGAGCCGUAUCCGUUCUGGUUGGGAGGUGUCGCGGCGACGUUCGCGGCGUCAUGUACACAUCCGCUCGACCUCACGAAAGUACGCUUGCAAGCGUCGGGCGACAAAGGCAUGAUGAACUCGAUCCGGAAGACGGUCCGCGCAGAAGGCGUGCGCGGGCUGUUUGAUGGGCUCACGGGCACCUGGCUACGCCAGAUGACCUACUCCGUCUGCCGCUUCUGGGCGUACGACGAGAGCAAGAAGAUCGUGGGCGCGACGGGCAAGGACGCGCCGAUGUGGAAGCUGGCUACGGCGGGCAGUAUGGCGGGUGGGAUUGCGGGGCUUGUGGGCAAUCCGGGGGAGAUCCUCAUGGUCCGGAUGCAGGGUGAUAAGGCAAAGCCGCCAGAGAAGCGGUAUAACUACCGCAACUCCGUCGUCGGGCUGUAUCGUAUGAUCCGCGAAGAGGGCGUGUCGUCGCUUUUCCGCGGAGCAGGACCGAACGUCGUCCGAGCCAUCCUCAUGAACGCCAGUCAACUCGCUUCAUAUGACUUCUUUAAGGCGUCCAUGCUCCGAUCCGGAUACUUCGACGACAACAUUCUCUGCCAUACGACUGCGAGCUUUGCGGCGGGUACGGUAGCCACUACGGUGUGCUCUCCGGCAGACGUGCUGAAGAGCCGCAUAAUGAACGCGUCUGGUCCGGGAUCGUCGUCGACGCUGGCUGUCAUCCGGACCUCCAUGGCCAAUGAGGGUGCCAUGUUCAUCUUCAAAGGCUGGACGCCCGCCUGGAUCCGUCUUACACCGACGACCGUUCUCAUCUUUUUCUUCUUCGAGCAGGGGAAGAACGUCGUGGACUGGUACCGUGGGACUGCACGCCACUGA